AUGGCAACACAAUACAAUCAUUCAUCAUUCAGACACCAAGAAAGAGGUAAUCAAAGCAAAUGGUUCAGAGAAAAGGAUCAACUAGGCGAAGAUGCAGAAGAGCUUGUCCACGUCCCUCUUCAGGCCAUUCUCUUGGCGGACAGCUUCGCCCAGAAGUUCCGCCCCAUCACCCUUGAACGCCCCAAAGUACUGCUGCCAUUGGUGAAUGUUCCCAUGAUAGACUACACUUUAGCGUGGCUUGAGUCUAUUGGGAUUGAGGAGGUUUUUGUCUUUUGCUGUGUGCAUUCGAAACAGGUUAUCAACUAUUUGGAGAAUUCCCAUUGGUUUUCUUUGCCACACUUUGAUGUCACCACAAUAGAGUCACACAAUUCUGUCAGUGCCGGUGAUGCGCUGCGUCUGAUUUUCGAGCGGCAUGUGAUACAUGAAGACUUCGUCCUUAUUACUGGAGAUACAGUAAGCAACAUGUCACUUACACAGGCACUUCAAGAGCAUAAGGAUAGAAGGGAGAAGGAUAAUAAUGUUGUAAUGACUAUGGUUAUUAAACGGUCAAAGCCUUCUCCGAUUACUCAUCAAUCUCAACUUGGUACUGAUGAGCUUAUGGCAAUUGAUCCUUACACAAAGCAACUUCUAGAUUAUGAGGAUAAGGCAGACCAUUUGAAAGGGACUUCAUCUCUUGAGAAAAUGUUACUAGCUGACAAUCCUUCAAUUUCCCUCCACAAUGACAAGCAUAAUUGCUAUAUUGACAUCUGCUCCUCGGAAGUCCUCAGUAUUUUCACUGACAAUUUUGACUAUCAACAUUGGCGGCAUCAUUUCAUCAAGGGAUUGCUUGUCGAUGAUGUAUGUUUUGCUCAUUUCUGUGAGUUACUUUGGAUCAUUUCAGGAGAAUGGAUUUAUGUUUGCAUGGGCAACACAUGCACACAAAUUCCCACAUAUGCACUCUGAUAUCUAUAUGUAUAUAGAUAUAUGUAGAGAUAGAGCACAGUUCAGUGAAAAGAAUUGUUUGUUUCUGAAGAAAACAAAAUUUGUGCCCUAUAAGCUGGCAUCAGAAAUACAUUGUGCCUUUGUAUACAUAUAUAUAUAUUCAAUGAAAUGAAUUGUUUUUCUCUGAUGAAAUCAAAAUUUGAGAACAUAUUUUGGCCUCUAUAAGCAUGCACCAGACUUCAGAAUUUGAGCAGGUUAUUA